AUGGGUGAAAGGCGGACGCACUCCUUUCACAUGACGUGCCACGUGCAGCGCGACUAUGGCAGCAGGAUGGCGAGCUCCUUCAUAAGUUGCAGGCCCAAUGGAUAUGCCAGCGCACGCCUCAGCCUGGACCAGCAGAUGGAUGCUGACCCUGCAGCCUCCACGGGCACUACAACUCCUAGCUCUGCCCUACGGGCUCCUGCACCUGACAGAGGCCACUACUCUCCUGUUUCACUGGAACUGGACCCCGCAGCUGUGAAUAAUGGAUCAGGCAUUCCCUGCUGUCCGCCAACGGACACAAAGGACCCGGCGCUGACGGCCAUACACAGCCAGCCCUCUAUCACCUCUGUCCCUCCACCUCUCCCUCGUUCGAGCUGGCUGCAUCACCAUCAAAAGGAUUUCCAUAGCCCUUACAUCAAGACUAGCAUGCAGGGCGAUGUUUACAACUUCCUAGAGAGACCUGCUGGACUGAAAUGCUUCCUCUACCACUUCCUCGUCUUCCUCAUGGUCCUGGUGUGUCUCAUCUUCAGUGUCCUGUCCACCAUAGAGCAAUAUGCAGACUUUGCCACGGGAACCCUCUUCUGGAUGGAGAUUGUGCUGGUGCUGUUCUUUGGCACGGAGUAUGUGGUCCGGCUGUGGUCUGCAGGCUGUCGCAGCAAAUAUGCAGGCAUCAAAGGACGCCUCCGCUUUAUCAGGAAGCCCAUAUCAAUCAUAGAUUUGAUAGUGGUUAUCGCCUCAAUCAUUGUGCUCGGUGUAGGGUCCAAUGGCCAAGUGUUUGCCACAUCAGCCAUCAGGGGCAUCCGUUUCCUCCAAAUCCUGCGAAUGCUCCAUGUGGAUCGACAGGGGGGGACGUGGAGGCUGCUGGGAUCUGUAGUCUUUAUUCAUCGGCAGGAGCUGAUCACCACUCUGUACAUCGGCUUCCUGGGCCUGAUCUUUUCCUCCUACUUUGUCUACUUGGCGGAGAAGGAUGCUGUGGAUGAGGAGGGCAAGACGGGCUUCUCCAGCUACGCCGAUGCCCUGUGGUGGGGCGUGGUGACUGUCACCACUAUCGGCUAUGGAGACAAAAUCCCUCAAACGUGGAUCGGCAAGGCCAUCGCCUCCUGCUUCAGCGUCUUCGCCAUCUCCUUCUUCGCUCUGCCUGCUGGUAUCCUGGGCUCUGGGUUUGCCCUGAAAGUCCAACAGAAGCAGAGACAGAAGCACUUCAACAGACAGAUCCCUGCUGCAGCCUGCCUCAUCCAGACGCUCUGGAGGUGCUAUGCAGCAGAGAAACCAGGCGGCUGUGCUGCUACGUGGAAAAUGUAUGUUCUAACUCCAGAGGCUGUCACCGUGGUGGAAUCUGACAACUUCAGCCCUAACAUCCGGAAACUGAACAUAUCGAAAAGGGGGCCCAAGAGGAGGUUGAAGGCCAGAGGUAAUGGCUCUAUGGUUGUGGCCUCAGAGAGGGCUUUAUCGAUCCCCCAGAUCACCUACGAUCACAUUGAUGACUCUGUGGAGAAGAAGGACGUCUCGUUUUUCCAGGAAGAGCGAACAGAAGGAGUCAUCAGAAUGAUCAGACAACCAGGCCCUCCUCAUCAUUCUUGGUCGUCUUUCACUCUGAGCUGCCCUGCCUCUCCAGUAAAGAAGAAUCACAGUAACAGCACCUCCAUCAACAUCUCCCGCGCCAACAGCUUAACUGAUGAGCUGGACUACAUGAGCGAGGACAUUUCCAUGCCCGUGGUGACUAACAAAACUCAACAAGAGUUGUCCCAUGCCCAGAGAUCAGCUGUGAAAGUCCUCCGCCGAAUGCAGUACUUUGUGGCCAGGAGGAAAUUUCAGCAAGCGCGGAAGCCCUAUGACGUGCGAGACGUGAUCGAGCAGUAUUCCCAGGGUCACCUCAACAUGAUGGUCCGCAUCAAGGAGCUGCAGAGAAGGCUGGACGGCACGCUGGGGAAGCCAGGAAUGUUUCUUCCAGGCAAAGGGGAAGAUAAGGAAUACCCAACGAUUGGAGCACGACUGAUCAGGCUGGAAGAUAAGGUCUAUCAGAUGGACCAGAAAAUGGACUCGGUCCUGCGGAUCCUGAUGGAGCAGUUUCCGCCCCAGCCGGAGCUGACGUCCAAGCCCUCCAUCCGCAGGGUGACCAUCCAGAAGCGCAUGGGCACCAGCAUCGACGAGGGGCCCUGAUGUCGCGGCGAUGGGUGUGAUGAAGCAAAGGACCGGGACUUCACAGAAACAGCCUAGC